AUGUCGAACGCCUUUGGUACUAUGUUUAGUAAAAAAGUUGGCCUAAAAUUUUCAGGUAAGCAACAAGUCGAGGUAAAGCGCUGAAUAUAGUUUUAAAAAUGUAGUCUUAUUACUGCUAAAUGUAGGCUCAAUUUACGGCUCAAUGAUAGCAAACUGUUAACCCCAAAAUAGAAGAGAAAUAGUAAUUGACAACCUUUUGAAGUUAGCUGAUUUGGACGUCAUCAACGCGAUAAACAUUUCAAAAGUUUCGUAGAGUAAUCUUAAACUGUACCCGCAUCCGCUAAACUUAAUACAAGGAGUGACUAACAUCUAAUUUCUCCUCAUAGUAUGACUGCUUAAUCAAAAAUUAUGGUCAUGAGAAUGAAGGAAAUUAUUGCCAUUUGUAGAAGCUCUUGAUUGGUAAACAUAUUCUCCUUAUCGGUUCCAUUGGAAAUUUGUAAGGAUCAGUGUGGAGAACAUGCAUGUUGAUGUCAGGGUGUGAAGGGCUGAUGGAGACAUCCACUGGAUACGAGUUAUUUUUGCAGUAAAAAGACGAGAAAAACAUUUGGGCAUUGGGCAAAUGUUAACUUAAUACAUGGUGUCUGCGGUUUUAUGUCAUUACCUGGGCAACUGUGCAACUACCCCUCCCCUAACCCAACAACAGUCGACUGCCAACAAGUUAGAGUCAAUGUUGGGUUAGGGGAGGGGUAGGCGCGCGGUUGCUCAGAUACUGACAUUUACGAUCCGUAUUUGCUUCAAGCAACUUUAUCUUGGUAUCCUGUCAUUUAGUGCCAUGGUUAGAUCGUUCCAAGUCAGAUCCGUAAAUACUUUCGUCUGUGUUCCGAUCGCUACUCGUACUCAGAUCUCAUUUAAACAUUUAAGAAAUAUUUAUUAUAUAUGUGGAACGAACUGACUUUUUUGAAGAACGAAGUGACUAUUUUGUGGAACGAUCUGACCAUGGAACGAUAUGACCGCAAACCAUUAUCUUGAUUCACUCACUUCUAUAUAUAUUUUUGCUGCUCUUGAUAGUCGUUGGACCAUUUUCAAUCUAUCGUGUACGAAACGUCAGUAUGGUCGAGAAUGAAUCUUUUCGUCUUCCCUGUGGGUCGCUUUCGUACAAGUACCGUGUCAGCUACUCAUGGAGUACUCAGAGACCUGGGAUGUCACUCCUUCCCAUCAGCUCCUCGUUUAGACCGCGAAUACUCAUGGAACCAAACGGAGAUUUAUUAUUCUCCCCUGUCACAGCCAAUGAUGUGAAUCGUUUUAUGGCUUCUGGAGGUCGCCUAAAAUGUAGCGUAACAGAUCUUCAUGGAGCAAUAAACUUUAUAAGCCCGAAUAUAUUUUUGCACGUUAAAAGUUCAGGUGAGAGGAGUACGUUGUUUACACUUUUCAAAGAUGUAGGAAUCUGUAAAUCUAAGGGUCACCCUGGCUUCAUAAUGUCUAGAGGAAGUAACCCACGGGUAACCACUUCCAUAGGGGAAUUCUAGCCCUUUAGCCCCUAGGAAUGACCAGCAUCUAAUUUCUCCUAACAAUAUAACCCUAAUCAAAGAUGAACUUAAUUAACUUGAGGUCAUGGGAAUGAAGGUGAUGAUCAUAAACUAAAGAAGGUUAUGAUUAUUAAACAAAUUCUCCUUGUCAGCACCUUAGAAAAUGUAUAGCGAAAAGUAUGGAGUAUUUUCAUACUGAUGUUAUAGUGUAACGGGUUUUAAAAAUUGUAGGACUACCCUGGUUUCAUAAGGUCUAGGGGGAGUAACCCGAAGGGCAUCCUCUUCCUUAGGGGGGCGUCUAAGGCCAGCUUUGUUUUUAUAAAUGCUGUGUUCCGAUCUUAUGUUUCUGUGUACUUUUGUUCGAUAAUACUGUUAAGAAAAAAUUGGAUAAUGAUGACAGUAACAGUAAUGAUAGUAAUGCAAUUGCGUAAACCCAUUGGGCAGUGAUCAAUGGUAAUCCUGAAUUCUAUACCAUUUAUCACAGCAUAAUGAAAAGCCCCUACAUCUCGCCUGCUUCAUUAAAUGGUUCGAUUUCCCAAGCAAUUUUCAACAAGAAAAUGUUGGUCUGCUUUGUGAUGAAUUACGCCUAUUUUUCCUUUUUCCUGCCCAAAAUACUCUGCUAUAUUCAAUAUGAAAUAAUUUUCCUCCAGUCAGGACAAGGCAAAGCGCCCUUUGCAAUUGUUGUCACGCAACUCUUUGAGGAGAAUGUUGCGUGACAUUCCAGAGGGCGGUUACAAAGGCCUCUUCUUUAAGUUUAAAGUGAGCUGUUUACAAAUGGAACAAUGCAAACUUUUUCCUCGGUUUCGGAAAAAUAUGAGAACACAUACGCUAAAUUUAUUUUUGUUUUGUUUAGCUUCACAAAAUACAAACCUUAAAUUUUAUACCACACCGGCUAGUUCUUAUACGUUGGCCACUGGAGAUCAGUUUUACCUAAACUGUACCGCAGGAGGAAGGUAGGUCGGACAUUUAUAUGUUAACUGCGCAGAAUAGUCAGAUCACUUGAUAGUUUUUAGGGCCUUGUUUCACUCAACAACCUUUUCUUUCCUUAAAUCUUGUUGCCACAUGUACUUUUAUUACAAUAAGUAACGAAGGAGAUAAAAUCAUUUUCUUCUUUCAUCGACUAAGGCAGCAACUCAGUGCAUUUGCAAAGGUCCAGCCAGGACCCUGAUACAGCAAACUGUAAAAAAAAAAUGUUUGGAAAGGUUUCAAGAAAGGUGUCUAGGAGAAAAAACUUAUGUCAAGAACGAAAUCGGAAAUCAUGAUUACAGACAAGAGCAACCUCAGCACAAACCAUUUCAUUUCAAACAAUGUUUGAUUUCAUAUUCCUUCCUCCUUCUUUUAACUGGAUUGUCAUAUUUCUGCGUCUUAUGGACGUUCCUGUUUCUCUUUCCAGUGAAACACCUGACAUUUCUUGGUACAAGGACAACGUACAGAUCGUGCCCACGGGGGAUCUGUUCCAGUAUAUGAAUUACAAUAGAACUUUACGACUGGGAUCACUUCGCUCAAGUUCACACAAUGGGAUCUACAAAUGUGUAACCGGUAUCUCAGGGGCGAUUCUGCAAAAGACAACUACUCUAAAAGUCAUAGGUUUGUACUUUUUUAAACGCAUUUUCUAGUACCGCCUGCGCAGACGCGGAACUUUUCAUAAUUCGUCUCUUUCUUGUUAGCUUGCAUCGAGUGAGUGCGUAAAAUGUUUUUUGUCUAAAGCAGUUGAUAAUAGCGACUUGAUUUAACUGUUCAGCCUUUCUAUCCCCUUUCCAUCUGCAGACAAAAUAGAACCGGUGUACGAUCAGGAAGUCCACCCCUUCUAUGACAUAAGAGAAGGAAAACACGGCAGAACUGUGACGCUUUUCUGUAACACAACUGGAGACUUAAAGAGCAGUCCGACCUGGUAUUACAACGGAGAGAAACUUCAGCACAGGUACAACCGAAAAAGGGGAUUCCGCUCCCAAAUCAAUAUUCAAACGGCUGAUUUCAAGUAUCUUAACGAGCAUACUUUUUUUGUUUUAUCUUCAGCUUAAAGUUUUUGAACAGAUGGUCUGUUAGUUCCUCCUCUGGGAUACUGACCAUUCGUAACCUAAAAGUGAAGGACUUUGGCGUCUUCCAAUGCGUUGUGAAGAAUCCAGUCAGUGAGAAUUACAGGGUGUCGUACUUGGUUGUAACAGGUACGUGAGGGGAAGAGGAGGGGAUUCCCCCAGGGGGGGACUCUCAUAUCCACCACACAACUUUUUAGUACUAGUUGUUUCACAGUCUAGUCACCUCCGAGGUAUAAGUGACUACCCCCUGAGACAAUCAAUUACACUUCAUCACAUGCGAACUCGCCACAAUUAAUAAUCGUUUCCUUUUUAAGGGUAUUUUGGAGGUAGUUGCUUGACGCUCUUUGGAGCGGAUUACUAAGGGAAUGCAUUGUGAUUUCAGUAACUUUAGGGUGGGGACAUUCAGGGUGACAACAUCUUUAUACGAUAGGUAAUCAUGCAGCGCAGAGGAAAAUAUCUCAACGAACCACUGAGAUUUCAUAGAAAAACCAGCAGCUUGCAUGAGUGACCUAAUCAUGUUUCUUUUUUCAGUUUUGAAUCUGAUUGGUUGAGAUGAUGGCUGUGGUUUUUUUGACCAAUCACAGAGCGAAGAAAAGCAAAAACAAUGUUGUCCCGAACCACUUACGACACUCAAUUAAGAAUAUCUCUGAUCUGAAACUAGUCAGGUUUUGAGCCAACAAGGUUGCUUCUGAUGGAAUACUUCUUAGGAGGAGAUAUGCUUGAAUUGAGUUUGCCAAUGACUGUUUAUGUGCCUCCUUUUUUUCCAAUUUUAGGAGCGCCUCUUCCUCCUGUGAAUGUGAAGACGACUAAUUGUUCAAACUUUUCCACCAUCCUGACAUGGGAUGUCAGGCUUCUUUCUGAUCUCUUACCUCCCGAUCGUUUUAUCAUUGAAUGGUCCGCUAGAUAUGCGUCUUUAGAACAAUUUACACUCAUUCCUUUUACUAAACUGGCUGAAGUUCCCAGUUCUGUUCGUUCUUAUGCCGUGAACAAUCUCAAGCCAAACACAGAAGUUCAUUUUCGCAUCCGUGCAAAAAACCAAAUCGGUGUUGGUUUUCCUGGCCUGUCCCUGGAGAAACCUCUUUGUAUCACUAGGAGCAAACGUAAGUACGAUAACAUCAGUUAAUUUAAUUUUGCUUGAAAGCUUUCUAUUGUCAGGCAGACAGCUAGACUGAUCGAAAGGCCGAGAAUUUGGAAGACUGACAUGACCAUGGGUCGACCAACCUUCAGAAAAAAAUAUAGACAGUUAUUGCGCCAGUGGAUCAGCCACUCCAUCAGUUACCCAUCAUUAGAUUUAUCAUUCGGGUUCUUAGAGGAAGAAAAUUUUUCUCCGAUACAUUUUGAUUGAAAGCUCCUGUGUUCUUGUUUUAGGUCCUACUUUAUAUCCCAAGAACUUGCAGAUUGUUCCUAGAAAAGUUAACGGAGAAUUGCAGAUGAAUUGGACGGUAAUUUAAAUAACCUCAUAAUGUUAAUUGCUUUUUAAAAAAAUUAUUGCAUCUUCCGUCGGUAAUUGAAACGUAUUGCAGUGCACUAUUUUCCGAUAUGAAUGAUAAUUUUAAAGAAGAACCUGCUUUUUGAUGUUUUUAAAAAUAUGUUAUUUUGAAAAUUUCUUUAGUUGCUAAGGUAGUUUUUGUAUUGGUUACCGCUGAAUACAGACAGAUUUUCGGAGAGUCCGCAGACCAGUCGUUAAAACGUCGCUAUUUUAAUUAGAAAGAAAUGAAAACAUUGAAUAUAUAUAUAUUAUUCAGCUGACACGGAAAUAAACUUGGUUUUUGAAUUUUUAUUUUUUAUAAUUGAGGUAAAGAAAGGUUUUUUCCCUUACCCAAGUCUAUUUUCUCUUUUGAAGAAUGAUAACAAAUUAAUUAUCACAAUUGUUAUUUAAAUUAUGGCAAUGAUAGUAAUUAUCAUAAUUAUCAUAAUUAUCAUAAUUAUCAUAAUUAUCAUAAUUAUCAUAAUUAUCAUAAUUAUCAUAAUUAUCAUAAUUAUCAUAAUUAUCAUAAUUAUGGUGUAUUUUCAUAAUUAUGAUAAUCACAGUAUAGUCAAGAGUGCUAACUUCUAGUUCUUUAUUUUUUCCCCAGACUCUUGAUCCAUUAGAUUGGGGUGGAGCUGGUUGCAAGUAUAGAGUAUUUUAUCGUCCAAAUACUCCAAACGCAUCCUGGACGAAUAAAACUUCAUUUGAUAGAUGUGAUCUGAAUUUUAUUCUAGAGAGAGGAGUGUUAACCAAUCAAGAAUAUGAGGUUAGGAUUCGAACCGAGAACAUCGAGGGGCCUGGGCCGAUGAGCCCUUCCAUUUUCGGUCUGUCUGGACAGAACCGCCUCUUUCAACCACCAACUGAUAUAACUGUGGUUCGUGUUAACGCGAGUUCUGUUGAGAUCAAGUGGACUCCAUUCGUUCCCAAACCUCCUCGGUCAGUGGAUGGUCACUACGUACGUACUACCAAUUUAAAUUUUGUAACGUCAUUGCUCCUUCUCUUUUGAUCAAGUUUAAGCACUUUACACCCUAACAUCAGUAAGCAUAUUCUUCACACUGUUUUCUAUACAUCUCUUAAGGCGCUCGUAAGGAGAAUCUGUUUUACAGUCAAGCACCACUACUGUAAUCGGUGAUCGUUUUCUUUAUUCUCGUGACCAUAACUUUUGAUUCAGGGGUGACAUGGUAUAUUAAAAGGUUAAACUUCAAGCAGUAGGGCGUAACUUUUCUGUUGUUUUAGUUCUUUUUUAGUCCGCCUAAUGCUUGCUACCGUCAAGUGAUGACAUUAGCUUGCACAAAAUGUACAGAGUCGAUAUUUUCAGGCCUUGCCAUAUGAUGACAGAAAAAAGAGGGGGAGUUUGAAUAUUCGUUUCAUUAUUCCUCGCUCAUCAACUGACUUCGGACGGUAGCCGGAAGUAGAUCUCAGCUACUUCCGCUCCGCUUUGACAUCAAACUAAAAACGACCGCCAAACCUCUUAGAUAAAGUUUCCCAAUACGGUUUUGCCUUUAGGUCCACUGAAGUAUGAAAAUACUGUCUACGUACCCUUUUAAAACUUUCAUUUUUUAUUUUUCAGAUCUACAUCUGGCAGGGUCGUCGCUCAUAUCGGCAGCCAAACGAAGAGUCGGUUGAAAUCCUGUUGAUCCCAGACUAUGCCAUAAGGGUGAAGGUCGUAGGAGGAAAUAUCGUCACGGGAGUGGUGUCAGGGCUCACUCCGUGGACCAACUACACCGUGGUGGUGCAAGGUUAUAACAGUGCAGGACUUGGCCCCCCUAGUGACGAGGUUGUUUUUGUAAGGACUUUGGAUUCACGUAAGUGGGCGACAAGUCGAUGUUGCAAUGCAGUUAUCCCCUUUUGGCACUGAUGGUGAUGAAAUGGCUAACAAUCUUAGAUCGCAUAGGGAAGUUUAACAGUUCUGAUGCUAGAUCAGCCGAAUAGUAAAGCUGUUAAGAACCAAUCAGAUUAGUGAAUUUUGUUGUUAACAGAUCUGUUACAAGAACUAUUGAAAUAUUGUUAAAGGCCACGAAAGCCAUCCAAGUGCAUGAUUUCUUGCUUGUCAGUGACCUUAGUAUCAGAUGACAUUUUUUUAACAUUUUUUUUCCGCAGAGGAUUCCUAUUAUAUUUUGACGCUGAGAAUUACAAGUGAAAACUUCUCAGAGGACCUCAAAGAUCCAAUUUCCAGUCGAUUUAAGGCUUUGAAAGAGAAUGUGACGAGAGAGGUUAGUAACAGUAUCAUCCGCACAUUGGGCUGAAAAUAGUUGGACGACUGUAAAGCGAUGUAUUCAAAGUGAACAUGUGUUAUUGAAGUCGAACACCGUUUUAUCCAACGCCUUUGCAGAGGCAGUCUGAGGAGAAGUAGGAGAAGUAAAUGGUUGAGAUGGAGAGAGAAAGGGGUGCAAGCGUAUGGGACCGGACGGGGGUGAAGGCACCUCUCUACCCCCUCCCCCCUGCACUCCUCAGAGGCAGUCUGAGGAGAAGUAAAUGGUUUAGAUGGAGAGAGAAAGGGGUGCAAGCGUAUGGGACGGGACGGGGGUGAAGGCACCUCUCUACCCCCUCCCCCCUGCACUCCUCAGAGGCGGUCUGAAAAAAAACCAAAUUAUCUUGUAAUACACUCCACCAAUGUAGCACCACAGUUUCUUUGGAAUCUCACCCUCUUAGUUCAUUUAACCGAGUAAACAGCUUUUACUGGCGUUCAUUUUCACAGAUUACGAAACUCUAUUCCAGACAUGGAUGGUUUAAGAGAGCUACUGUGCUGUCUUUUAGGUAUUUAUUCUUACUUGUAUAUGCUUUAUUUCAAGUAUUUCAAGUAAAGGUAAUAUAUAGAUUUAGCCAAGCCUAAAAGCGGAGCUCGCAUUUUUUUUCCCGCAGGUACGCUCUGCGAGCUCCGCUAUUAUAAUAUGAAAUGAGCCAAUCACUGGGGGUCAGAAUGAGAAAUAUUUUAAGGGGGCGAGGUUCAUAGUGUACACAUAAACGGGAAAGUAUGUGACGGAUAUCGAAGAAGUUAUUUUAAAACGUUUUGUAGAAAAGUUCCCAAUAAAUUUGAAAAAAGGGCAUGUGUCAUUCGUCUACAAAUUCGAAUCUGGGUUUCACGGAAGUUCAGUCUUAAUCUCAAAUUUUCACGAGUAAAAUGUUUUAGUCUGCUGUUCUAAAGGAUAAGCUCCAUUUCACUCUUCAGCCCCGGAAGCGUUCAGGCAGAAAUUCAGUUGGAAGCAGCGAGCCCCAAUAUGAGUUUUCUCCAACAAGUGGUGUCCCAAGCUGAUAAUCUUGGAAACUUCUCGUUGGACAGAAACAGAACAAAAUUACAAAGCCAAGCAGGUAAAGUUUUCAUUUCCUAAUAUUUGAUAUUUUUUAACUAAAUUCUUAAAAAAAAAUUUAAAGGGAAAUUGUGCGACCAGAAUUGUGUUUUGGUAGCUGACGUUUAUGGUUUCCGUUCGAAUUUGAUGGAUAAUUCAAAACAGAUGUUUUAAAUGGUUUUUAGAAGGAAUAAGUUGUAAUUUAUCAAACUGGAUUAAAAGCAAACUAAAACGAGACUUAAAAAAAAAACCUUAGCAUAAAAUCACUACAGUUAAGCCGUACAUCAGUCAAUUGUAUUAAUUGUCGUCAACCUGGGUCUUUUUCUGUCUUUUUGAGUGAGCAGCAUCACAUCAUGGACAUUCAAAUAGACGAUUAUACUAAGGGGGAGAGGGGGAAGGGUGGAAGUUAUAACUGGUAUUUAACGCUUUACAUCUGUUGUGAGAAACCGAAAUCAAAACUUGAGAAGGUCAUCCAUAUCAUCUUUAACUUAUUAUAGGACUGCGUAACGUUUAUUUGAACUCUGUUUUACCGAUUGCAAUAAUUAGUCAGGUGUUUAAAGAAAUAUAUGCUUCCCUAUUGAUCGAGGAUAACGACGAAUCGUCACAAAGCUGCACAACGCGAUGUGAUCAUUUUACAAAAGCACUCCCAAGAUCUCAUCUUCAAUUUUCCUAAUUGGAUCAACUAAUAAUCCCCCAGCUGAUAUUUUACUUAAUUCCAAUCACUUGUGUGCCUGAUAUUAUACUAAUAUUGUGAAGAGAAAUUCUUUCUUGGUCAUCCAUGGGUUAACUAAAGGUGUAUCUAACAUUCUUACUUCAGGCAUACAGAGCGUAACAAUACGAGCUUCACAUUUGAUGGUGAACGUGACCGGCAGAUUUGUCAUUAACUGCACCGUGAUUGGCGGUCCUCCCGACCUUCAGAUCACGUGGUCUAAAGGAGUAAAUAUCAUUGGUUUGAGUCACCGGACAAAAGUUGAGACUAACAGGGGCUAUUCCCGCCUCACCGUUAGAGAUGCUAUGGCUUCUGACGAGGGAGUCUAUGUCUGCCAAGCAGGGUAAGCUCGUUCAACUUGAUGAUAGAGAAGACUUUUAACAAUGCUGUGAAUUCACUUUUCUAACUACCGCUCAGGGGCACCAAGAGGUUUGUCAACUUUUAGAGAGCCAUAUGUGCCACAGAUAAAAUAAUUCUCUUCGGAAAAUUUGAAUUUUUAAAUCCAGUGAAUGAACGUGAAACAGAAAGGGGGGGCUGAUUUUUUUCGGUUGUUUAGGGCGUCGUGUUAAAUUUAAUUGACUCUUUGGUUUAACGUGAUCGUUUUUUUUCUGGUAUUUAUAUCACACCACUAAAAGUGUUUUGGAUGAUAUCAUCAGGGUGACGACCAUACUGAUGGUAAGACUCAGGAAGUAGUUUGAGGGUGAAUUGCUGUACUUACUUCCUCCUCUGUUCGUAUCUUUUACAGUAAAGGAAGCCAGAUUGGUACAGCAAACGUAUCAGUUCAGGUUGUUCCUGUACUUAGAAUAUCACCGCGAGCAGUCUCUGAGUUCGUUGGUAAGUGCAGAGUCAUUCAGCAGCCCUCGUUCUCCAUCGCUCUGCUUAUUCCAUGACAGUGUGCUUCACAGAUUUCUUAAAAGACUUCCUUCAGGAUCUUUCACAGGCCAAAAGAUGUAUUACUUUGUGUAUCGGAGGGCUUGUCGAUGGGCUGUUGUAAAAUUGAAACCAGAGUUGUAAUGUCGACCAAUCAGAACAAGAGACAAUAUCACAAGUAGCCAAUGAGAGCGGAAAGUCAAUAAUUUUAAACAUCCUGAAACGCGGGAGAACUAGAGUAGCCCGGUCCCAGUCGUUAUUACGUUUGCAGGUGUUUGGUGGAGGAAUGGGGGGCAAGUUUUUUAACUUCGACCAAUCCCAGACCGUAAACGAAUAGAACUAAAGCCAUCCCAGAUUUCUUUGAAAAUUGCUUUAAAUUUUUCAUAGCUGUGGCUUGCUAUGUGGUAGACAAAGACAAAACUGGAAUUUCAGUAGUUGGCAUAGCGAUGGGGUCGAGAUUCUUAUUCAUCCUUAAACGAAGGGAGAACUUCAUACACUGAGCACUGAUUUUACUACAAAUUUAUUAGGUGGUAAAGCAUCGUUUUCCUGCAGAGUGGUCAGCGGCGUCAGGCAAGGAGCAAGCGUAGUUGUAGUUGAAGUGACAUCGGAAGGAAUAGAAUUCCUCAAUGAUCGACCGAGUUACACAGCAACCAAUUUAGAAAUUCCAGACGGAGGGGAGAGUUAUGUUAGAAAAUUUGUCUGUGUGAUGCGGUCACAGGAAGGAUCUGUUCUGGCUAUGAGUGAAAUGGCUGAGCUGAUUAUUAUAAAACCAGGUAGGCGUGGUACUUUUAAGAACUGAACAAUACCUUAAAUGGAGAAUUUAAUUCUCACUAACAAGAGUUUAUCCAGGCGAGUGUGAUCGCUAAAGGAUAAUACUUAUCACGAGAAAAGGUCAGAAAUAGCUGAGGAAAACUCUUGCAGUAUUGUCCUCACAUCUCCUGUCAAAAACUGUAUCCCCGAAACGAUGCGAAAACUGACAUACAUAAGCUAAAACAUGAAGGAAUGGUACCAUGUAUUAACAGGGCAAGCAAAGAAGAUUUAUCACUAAACUUUCUUUGGUGAAUAAAAGUUCAGGAGUUUUAGAAAGCUUGGGAACAGCCACAUAACUUGCGUGAUUUUUUUCAAGGUUGUUCACGAUCCCUUCAUUCAAAUUAAAGUCAUAUCAUUCAGCUGAUUUGAGAAUUUGUCCCAGAUAUUCACAUGAAAAUUCUUAUUUGUCUCACAGACGUACCAAGGUGUCGAGAAGAGUGGCUUAAAGGAGUCCUGUGGUCAGCCACAGCUGCAGAACAAACUGACAUCAAACCUUGUCCACCAGGAGCCAGGGGUAAGCCAUAAGAGGGUUUGGAUACAAUGGCAAUAUGUCCUUUUUCCCGUGAUUAGAACCAAACAUAAAUGAACAUUGAACAGUUCCGUCAUUCUGCAGACUAGGUGACCUAACCUGAUCUAAAGAGAUAUACCGACCGAGGCAGUUGUGUAAGUAGAUUUUCCAGUGGGUGGGCAACUCUAAUUGUCUCUCUCGUUAUUUGCUGGUAUACCAUUUGUUUUUAUUGACAUAGAUAAUCUUUUUUUUUUUCGAUAAAGCGUAGAUUACACCCUCGCAAUAUGAUAGAAGGUACAACCAGGGUCGGUUUCCUUUCCCUCCCCAGUCCCUCCUCCUUCUCCUCCCAUUUCCCAGACGUUAAGCAUAGAUUGCAGUGGACUCCUGACCGUGAAAUAUUUUUAAUAUAAAUUCAUCCUAGGGAAAGUAUCGCGUUUUUGUGAUGUGAAUGGGAAGUGGGAAAACGCUAACUUCGUAGACUGCAGUUCACGUGAAUUUCUCCGACUGGGUGACGAGGUAGGAGCUAAUUGAUAUUCAUGUCCUGAACCUUAGUUUAGAUUUCUCAUGUUAAUUUGCCUAUCACUCAUAAUUUCUUUAUGGAAAUUGUAACAGCUCGAUCGGAGGACUUUACACGAUAAUCAUACACACACCCGUUUCUUCGUUCGUCCUCUCAUCAAUCACACUUAAGAUCCUUUUAUUUUCAGAUCGAAGCUGUCACGGAAGGUUUCCAGACAAACUUUACCGCGAAACAAAUUCUAUCAGAGCUACUAAACGUUACUCUUCCAAACGUAAAAAGCACGCAGAAAUCUCCUGAGAUCUUUGGUGGAGACUUGGUCAUCGCUGUGAAUGUACUUGUCAAAGUGGCUGAUUAUAAUGCUGAACAAGGCAACGUGAGUAACGAGGAGGAUGUCAAGAACUUCGUUCAAGUGGCGAGUAACUUGUUGGAACCAGUCAAUCGUGUAACUUGGCAGGAACUCGAGAAUGUAAGUUUAGUGUAUGUUCCUCUAACCCUUUAAACUCCCAUGAGUGACCAAGGGAGAAUUUCUCCUUACAAAAUUGCUACAAUAUCAAGCAUAGAAGUGAUGAGAAUCUUUUGAUGCAAUACAAAAUUCUUAAAAAUAACAUCGUAAGAAUUGACUGGCACAGAGUAGGGAGAAUUACUACUUUAUUACAGACAGCUCUUAGCCGGUUGUUCAAUAAUGUAGCAAUAUCAAGUUUACCUAGGAUUAGGCGCUAAUUUUGUUAUCCAUUUUUCUAGCUUUAGAGAGAGUUUGUUUGAGUAAAAGAGUGGUUUUGUUUUCCAAUAUUGGUUUAGUUACGGAAAGGUAAAAUUCUACAAAUUUUGGACACAACAUACGGAAAAAUACCAAAAGUGUUAAUGUAGCUACAAACAGUCCUUCAUGUGUCAGAAUCUUUCUGUAAUAAAUAAAUUGCCAUGGGUGGAUCAGGAAGGGCCUGAGGAGGGCGUGGUCCCUUUUAAUUUCUUUCUUUUUAAGUGAAACUUGAAAAGUUGUUGGCUUUGGACGAGUUUUCUCUUGCCAUUUUUUUUUUAAUCUCUCUCUUUUGACUACCGGCCUGAUUGAACCCCUCACUGAUUUUAUUCCGUUGUCCACCUCUAAGAUUGUACUAUUCAUGAACCUACUCGGGUCAUGUCUCUCUGCCGCAUUAGUGCGCGCUUGUCGUCAUCAGCUUCCAAUCUCGUUAUCAUACAGAGGCUUGUUUAACAGUACUUUUAUGUGACUGAUUUUACUCGCAGUUGGGUGAUAGCCGGAGUAGAAUCUUAGUGAAAGCAGUUGAUGAUUACGGUCUGGGUGUGGCAGCCACAUUUACUGGAUCCUCAAAGUACACAAUCGUUCAGGCUACAAACGUGUUAGUCAGGAUCGACCGAGUACAAGGAGACAACCCGGUAUGAAGACGAUUAAUUAUAUAAGCACAUGUGGCCAAGCCACAAAAAAGAUUGUAACUUAGGGAAAAUAGCUACGACAACAACAUCGUUCCCAGUGUCCUCUCUCUUUCCCCUUACUUCCCCGAGGGACGAAGAAAGAGGGCCCCGAGAAUGGGUUGCUACCAUAAAUGGCUUCACAUGACGACGUUUAAGCAGUGAAAGAAAAAGUGCAGUAAAGUGCCUAUAGUAACACCGACAAAUUGAAAACGGUUAUGCUUAGCGCCAGGUUUUUUUACGGUAAUGUAUUCAAAGUAGUCAGCUAACGAUGAUGACACGAUGAAGAUACGUGAAAUAAUCUCUCGCAACAAUGCGUUUAAUAUUGCGCGCAAAAAGUCAUUACCUACGUAGCUUUAACAGAAACCUUUGUUAAAUGUAAUUCAUGUUUCUUUUCACGUUUCCUUUUAGUUAAGAACUGAAGGCUUUAGUGUGAGCUACAAUCAAAGCUCCAUUCAUUUACCAGGCGAGGCAUUCAGCUCAUCCCCAGACUCCCGCGCCAUUACUUCAGUACUUCUCACGUUAAACGAUGUGUUACCGCUGGACAAAGAAACUAAGGACAAGAAACAAGCGGUCACCGCUAAUACCACCGUUGUAUCAUCCACUGUCUAUCCCAGGCCCCCAAAUGUAUUCAAGCAGCCGGUCAAGAUUGUUUUAGAGAACAAAAGGGUAAUUAUUUCUUUACUGGUUUGGUUCUACUCAAACGUUUUAUUUUCCUUCUGAUUGUUCAAGUAAUAAGAUUUGUUAUAAAUCUUAACACCAAUCUUUCUUCUGACUUUCUUCUCAAGGUAAAUGUUCCUGCGGAAGUCGAUGUAAAAAGAAAGUGUGUUUUCUGGCGGCCUGGAGGAGGAGGCGUAUGGCAGACCAAUGGUUGUAGACUUGUUGCUGAAGAGUCUAACGUCAGUGUCACAACAUGUGAAUGUAAUCAUCUGACCGUCUUCGCCUCACUCAUGGAUCCUCACGAUGCACCUGUGAGUAAAAGUGAAACAGAUCGCCGCUUUUUUAAAAAGAUUGACCACAGAAAAAAAUUUACAUGGUGUUUAAGGCAUCCCUUUCACGGCUAUCUUUCGUAAAUGACAGUGCUUCUAAAUUGUGUGACUGAUCAGAAGGGUUGAGGAGAAAAGAGACACUUACAUCAAGAACCAUCUCUACCUCAACGGCCAAUCAUAAACUAUGGCAAGGAGCCAAUCAUAAAUCAGUGCGAUCGUCCCUAGGCGCAGGUUAACGAAAGUGAACUGGUCAUAAUUGAUGAUUGGCUGUAACUAUGCAUUUGAUUGGUGAAAUCUAGUUGCCGCCCUUAACAUUUUUGUGUGUACAUCUAUUUUCUCAGAUCGAACAAUCUCACAAGAAAGCAUUGGAUAUCAUUUCAAUCAUUGGUUGUUCCAUUUCUCUCCUUGCUGUUAUUGUUACUAUGGUCGUUACUGUGUUUUUCUGGAGAGCAGUAAAAAGCCCGAGGGCGAAAGUUCUGUUAAACCUGUGCGCUGCUAUCGCCAUUUGUUGCAUACUUGUGAUAGCAGAAGGUUCAGCGAGAAAUAACGAGGUACGUUCGAUGAAGAUGGUCACGUUCACUCACUCAAAUUAAGUCCUUUUGAAUCAUUCCUGAUUAUUCCCAUGCAUGUCAACUAAGUGGAGUGUAGAGUUUCUCUCAUGUUAAAAAGCAGCGGGUUAGAGUUGCCAAUUGUGAGCUGUUUCCUUUACACGACGAACGCGUGAAGUCAAAGCGUAAGCAGGAGUAAAGGAAAUUUCGUUUCUUUAGUUUUCAGUGAAUGAAUAACUUAUUUCCCUUCGAGACGUUGUUGUUACGAUCACGAGGUUGGGAGUUGCAUGUUGUUUCUUUGAAAGUUUGGAAAUAAGCCAUUGAUACGAGAUUUUAUGAAGCAAAGGACUGCGCAACUGCGGAAGCUAGGUUUGGCAACUAUGUCUUUGACAACCACAUUUACCCAGGCCUCGAAGUUCCCGCACACAUCCUAGUUACGAUAUUCAGCCAUAAAGAUGGCUCUGCGGUGGAGAGAGCACCGCUCAAUCUUACCUUUUCUUUAUUAUCUUUCAGACGGGCUGCACGAUAAUGGCCGCUUUACUGCAUUAUUUCCUGUUAGCAUUGUUUUGUUGGAUGUUGUGUGAGGGAGUGUUACUUUAUAUCCUGCUCGUCAAAGUCUUUGGAGGUGGAGCUGAUGACAAAGUCAAGUAUUUUUACUUGCUUGGAUGGGGUAAGUUUGUUUGUUGUCUUCUCAUUUUUCCUUUAUUUUCAUCAAAGUUUGUAUUACUUCCUUCUUUGUUGGCUGCCGACAACUCUCGCUAGAUUUUGAACCAGUCAGAGGCAAAACUAAAGCCCUUCGUUUUCCCGCGCUUUUGGUGGUCUCACUUUGACAGUAUUAAUUGAUAUGCGGUCUAUUCCAACUUUUAUUUCCAUCAAGUUAUUUUCAGGUUCAAAGUAUCAGAUAUUCUGAGAAUGAUUAAGCAAACAAAAACUUGACGCCACACGUCCACGUGAGCACAAUUCAUUAGUCUAAAAAUACUUUAAAAGGGAUCUCUUGAGGAAUGAAGCCUGCAUGAAGAAGUUAGCCUCUUUUCUCUGGAAAGUGUACCACUCACUCGUCUUCUGCAGAGUAGGAGACUUUCUCGUUUGAAAUGAAUUAAAUAUCUUUGUUUUUCAAGGUUUUCCAGCUGUUAUAGUCGCCAUAUCGUUAGGUGCUACUCAGGCUGUUGGGUAUGGCUCGUCAGAGGCUUGCUGGCUUGAUGUAAAAAGUGGAGUCGUUUGGGCGUUUAUUGGGCCUGCAAUACUCAUCAUCUCGGUCAGUGGAUAUUCCAUAGUUCUCUGUUUUACUUCAUAUCAAUGAAAGGUUCAGUCCACUGGAUGCUCUGACAGGAAACAAAUUGUUUCCAGUGUCUUUUCGGGUCUGAAAUCCAAAAUGGAGAAAAAUCAGUUCUGAAUGUUUGGUUUGGAUUGCGUGUCUUGGGGGGAGCUUUGUUUUUGUGACUUAGGAAAACUAGUGGCCAAAAUAUCAAUCCUCAGCCAUCCUUGUUCGUUUUUGACUAAUACCGAUUAAAAAUGGUAAAAGUUCAAAAUUUUCCGAACCUAAAUUAUUCAAAACUCACAAAACACGAAGGAUUUCAUCUAAUGGACCACACGAUGUCAUCAAUAGAUAUUUGUAGCUUUAUUAGGUACGAUACACGACAAAACUAGUUUUCAUGUGGCGACUUGAAAUGACAGUUAAAUAAAAUGCAGGUCGAAGUAAUACCUCCCCUCCCUCUCCUUUUUAAUUUUGUACAAUCCCAAGUGCAAAAAUCGUAGAGAAGUGGGAAGGGGCUAAGUAAGGAUUGUGGCUUCGCAAACACUAUUCAUUUUCAAAGUAUAAAAUUGUUGGUUUUUUGCGCAGAUAAAUAUCGUGGUAUUUAUCCUGGUGAUUCGUCAAAUGAUGGGAACACGACACAUUCAAAACAAGACGCAAUUCGAGAAGGUCAAAGCUGGUGUCAAGGCCUCCGCGGUCGUUCUUCCCCUGCUUGGAAUCGCGUGGUUGUUCGGUCUUCUCAGCAUAAGCUCGUCUACCAUUGCUUUCAAAUAUAUAUUCGUCAUUGCUAAUUCUCUUCAGGGACUGAUGAUAUUUAUAUUUCACUGCUUGUUAAACAAACAGGUAAUUAAGAGCUACAGAUUAGAAUGAUUGGGAUCUGUUGAGUAAAGAUAGGUUAAUGGCUUACGAACCUCUCAAAAUUGUUCACCCCGAAAAUAGUUAAAUGUGUUGCACAUAUAUGAAAUCAAUAAUGAUAUCAUUUUGUUGAAAUCUGCGUAAUUUUUUCUCUUCAUGAUCCAAUAAUAGGCUUCCAUUUGUUCCGGAUUGCACUUCAGUCGAUUUAAUAGAGCGAAUAUAUCGUAAGGUCUUCAUUUUAAAGUUUAUGGAAUCCGUAGGGACAAAUAAACAUAAUCUCAGAAGAAAUACUAUUGAAACACAAUCAUACACCAGCAUGUUUGCACCUCUAACUACAUAGACAAACUGGAUAGGCUUGCUUUAGAGUGUUAACAUUUGUUUCUCUUCAUUGCACCAGAUCCAGGAUGCCGUCAAACGAAUACGAGACAAAAGCAGCUCAGGCGCGUCAACGACUCCGAAAACUAAACCUUCUCCUGUUCAAAACCCAAAAAACGUCAUAAAUCUUACUUCUAAUGGUAGGUGAUUUCUUAUUUAGUACAGAAUUAUCCCUAAGGAGCUUUUCUUGAAAUAUGGGGCUUUCCUCAAUCUGAAGGAAAACUUCGCGUGGUCUGCAAAAGAGGCGUUUUUACGUUUUUAAGCGAGACAUACGCGAGGAAAACGUGAGACAAGCGCAAAGUGAGCGCGCAGGGCCCCCCUUCUUCCAUAUGUGUCUUCUCCUUGCGUUUUCCCUGCGUUUUCUUCAUGCUCACCUCGCGUCUGCCUCCGCUCACUUGAAAAACACGAGAAAUGAAAAAGGCGCCUGUACUGUAAGCUAUAGCGCCCUAAGGAGACCAAACACGAAGUGUGGACGGAAUUUGUUUAAAAAUCACGUGCUGUUUUAGCAUCAGGUGAGCAAUUAGGAGCUUCGACUGUAAAAUGGGAUCAAAUAAGUCAAAUGAUGGCUUAUCGAUGGCCGGCUAACAUCGUUCAAAAACAUUUUGACAAACAGAGAUUUCGUCGCCGUCAUGUAUUACCAACAUUCCUUCGUUAUUGUUGAGGUAGAGACAGGAAGCGGUUCUUAAUUUCUAACCAGAAAUCUCUUCCCUUUAGCUAAAAAGAAGAGGUCAAACAAGGCACAAAAUGAUUAUGAAAUGGUUGAUAUUCUCAAAAGCCAGUCAGAUUCACCAUUACCAAGGAGAGACGCCAUCAAUGACAUGAGUAUCAGCGAGGAGCCUGAAAACCCAAAGGCACCUUCACAAAAGCAGCCGUCACUUUACGACAGUAAGUUUCUUGUUAACGGUUGAAUUGUUUAGAGUCUUGUUCGAGUGACAGACCAACUUUUAAAUCCAAAUCACCAGAGAUGUGAGAUGGCGUGAGGGCAGCUUCAUAUUUAAAAAAAAUUAGUAUGAGCUAAAGAGAAGAAACCGAGUCGUAGUCAGAAAGUAGCAACGUAGUUGAUCUUUCAUUAACAGCUGUUAGAAAUUUUUCAAAAGAAGGCGCUCAGUUGUGAGCAAGUGCAGGUGUGCCUAAUCUUUCUCGUUUCUUCGAAUAAGACUGUGCUGAUUUUCAUUCCUUUCUUUUAAGAUAAAAAAGGCUCACCUCACAUCACCUGUGCUCAGGAGAAAAACACACAGAAGGAUUCUGUCGAGGAAACCGCUGAACAAAAUACAUCUCCGGACUCCCUAGUAACAUACGGGACAAAAAGCGAAGGACUGACGCAAGGAGAAUCCUCGACGGUACCCAGCAAUGAUGACAUUUUAUGCUCGAUCGACGGAAUCACAAAUCACAUCUAUGAGAAACCACCUGGCUAUGAUGUUCCUCUUUUUCAUAAAACUCCUGAUGCUGAUAAGAUCCCAAACGAUGGAGUCUCGAAUCGCAUGUACGAAAAUUCGCCUAGUGGAAAUGCUCCCUCCGAAGAUAUAGACUCCAUGAUAACUCAGGAAGAUGUUGCUUGUGUUUUGGAGGAUGAACCUCCUCUUCAGGGUGCUGUGCAUCCAGAAUCGAAUGACAGAAUCAGAACUGUAAAGGUAAAUGGCUUGGAUUUCUAAUAAAACCUUCCGCCAAGAAAUUUAGCAAAAUCACUUCUCCUUAUACAAAAUAAGGCUAUGUGAGUGGUAGAUAGUAUCAACGUUUUACAUAAUCUCUCACCAUUAAAGUUAAGGUUAUGGUUUCUGUUUUCUAAUGCAUUUACUUUCAGCGCAAAAAACAACUUAGUCAGGUAGGGAAAAAUUAAACGUCUUUACACUCUCCCCUCCCCCCAAUUGUAGUGUUAGCACCCUUCUAUCCUUACUAGGGUGCUUGUGGGCCCUUGCUUAAUCGAUGACCUCAAUGUGACAUAUUUAGACGUUAACUAAGAACACUGGUUCUAGUACACGGAAUCAGAGCCAGAACAGAGGAAUUGACGUGUGGCUACAGUGGGUGGCUUAAAGUAUUGUCUGCUUUAUACAGCUCUGUUGUAAAAUUCCAGUGAUAGACUGACCCACCGUUCAGAGGUGGUAAGGAAUGGGGGGCAGAGUUUGAAAUGAUUCAGUGGUGCUGGGUUACAUUUAAUGGACAGCAUCCGUGAUCCAAACUGUUUUCAUCACCUCAACUUUUAUUUUUGAACAGCAAGACGAGCUUAGAGAAGUUCCUGACGAUGUAAAGAAUGAUGAAGACUUUGACGUAAGUUAAAUAGAAAACGUUAAUUCAUGAUACGAGGCAUAGUCGCUUAUCGCCCGCUAUGUUUUUUGCGCCCUUGGUUGCAUGGUUACGUCUUUCCCAGCCUUUCACACCGCUUCCAUAUCAUGUUUUACCGCCCUUGAAACCACUGACAUGUGUCUUCGCUUUACGGGCGUUUUUUCAUAGCAUUUUGAUGAGCUUAUGUACAAGUGAGUUCACGAAAGUAAUCCGAGUUACAUUGGUUUUGCCUUACUUUGCUUUGUGAUUGGUCCAGAAACUUGCCAGCCAAUCAGGCGCAAACUAAAAACCAAUCACGACUUGGUCGCCCACGUUUUUCCCGCGUUUUGGACAGUUUGGUUGUUUUGUACUUUGACUCCUCAUUGAGCUCCUUCUUUUUUUAUUUGGUUUUUUUUUUUUUAGAGAAAAAUGGCUGAAAGACGAGCCAAAGUUGAUACCGUUCAAAAUGCAGCUGAUGGAUUUAGGUCAACCUCUCAAAAGUUUUCAACUGAAACUCGGGUAAGUAAUGGAUAAUUGAAACUCGUGCCCCUCCCUCCCCCCCCCUCAACCCCCCUUACCACAUGGCCCCUUAUUCCUGAAGUGAUUCCAGUAAAUGAUCAAUUCCGUUAUGAUCUGAAAAUAACCAAUCCUGUGUCGAAAAUUUGGCUCACGUAGAAUCGUUCUUCAUUCAGGGAAUGAGUCUUAAAACUAACUUAGGGGGCGUACUUUUGGAACAAGGCCUUCAAAUGGACGACUAGUCUUUUAGCUUGAUGAUCUUUUGAUCAGGGAGGAUGGAGAAAUGUGCUUUAGUGAAUCGCUUUCUUUUUAUCCACAGUCUUCUGGUAGCUUGUGGCGUAGAUUGCGACAAAAUAUUUUCAAGGACAGCCACAAAGCGAAAAAAACUGGAAUAUCGCCUGACCUAUCUGAUAACAGAAGAGAUGUUUACGACACUGUCGAAGACCAAGAGUUAGUAUAACGUAAAUUAAAAAAGUGCCAUCGAGUAACUAAAACACAAACUGAUGCGGCAUUCAAGGCAUUCAACAGUUCAACAUUCUUCUGCAAACUUUUUCGUUGGCAACUAGAGAAAAAUUAACAUUUUAGUUUACCCGUUCAUUAAGUUUUAACAUACUGUCUCAAUAAAACAUAUGACGCAAGGUCGGUUCAAUGUCAAACUGAUCUGAUCUCAGGAGCAGGCACAAGAUUUGUAUUUAAAAAUCUCAACUGCAUCGAAUAACCUAUUUAUUUGAAAGCCCGCUAAGAGGCUAUUAGGUGUUUCAUUUUAUCAGUUUCAAACAGUUACUCAUUUAUGCCAUUUUUUUAAAACAAGAUAGGAACGACAGCAUAAAGCUGGAAAAAUUUGUAAAUCUAUAUAUUUAUGAUAUGACUUUUUAAGAUGUAAUUCACUUGUAUUGCAAAAGAAUCCCUUGAACGAAUCCCUUGUACGAACUUGAUAGGAUUUCAACAUGCUUUAGUUUAAACGAAAUGUAGGAGUAAGAUUUAAAAACUCUAGAAACCCUGUUCUAUUUUUCUUAGGAAACAAAAGAAAGUUUGUUCCUUUUUUUUUCCAAUAGGUCCAUAUUUAUCUAUUGAAACUCAGAUUUUUUUAAGAGGCCAGUCGGUAUUAUGAGUCUGUAGUGGGAGUCAGUGAGUCAGACUAACUUAAUGCUUAUUUUUACGUAUUUAAUAUUUAUUUAUUAUCUUUCUUAUUGUAAGGCAAAUAACUUAUCGCAUACAUUAUGUGACAAUUUCUUCCCUAUUCAGAUUUAUGCCCAGAUCUGUUAAAAACAGUUUUAAAAUCAUACCUAUGAGACAUGAAUAAACUCUGAUAACCAAUUGAAGUC